UUAAAAUCACCAAAGAUCUUCCCUUCGAAGUUUCUCUCUCCUCCUCAAAAAUAGAAAAAGUCCAAGGCUUUGAAAACCCAGACCCCAACAAAAACCAUCCCAACUAACUCAAAAUCCCAUCAUAACUAAACCUCCGGAGGAAAUCUUUCCUGGCCCCCCCUCACCUUCUGUUUUAUUUUACUUAUUUACACGAUUAAAUAAAAAAUAUCAAAAUUUAGAGAGAGAGAGAGAGAGAAAGAGAGAUGAAUUACCUCGUUGAGGUGGAGGGCGAGAGGGCGCCGGUUAACGGUAUCCCCUCCGCCGGUCCGGUUUACCGCAGCGUCUUCGCGAAGGACGGCUUCCCACCGCCAAUCCCCGGUCUCGAAAGCUGCUGGGAUGUCUUCCGAAUGUCGGUGGAGAGGAAUCCUGGCAAUCGGAUGCUCGGUCGUCGCCAGAUCAAUGAGGCUGGCAAGGCGGGCGGAUAUGUUUGGAUGACUUACAAAGAGGUGUAUGACAUCGUGAUCAAAGUUGGGGCUUCCAUUCGCAGCCGUGGUGUUGGUUAUAGAGGGCGUUGUGGUAUCUAUGGAGCUAAUUGUCCCGAAUGGAUCAUCAGUAUGGAGGCUUGUAAUGCUCAUGGGCUAUACUGUGUUCCACUGUAUGAUACUCUUGGUGCUGGUGCAAUCGAAUUUAUUAUUUGUCAUGCGGAAGUUGAGAUUGCUUUUGUUGAAGAGAAAAAAAUUUCAGAGCUGAUGAAGACAUUUCCCAAUACCACCAACUUUUUGAAAACUAUUGUGAGUUUUGGAAAAGUUACCCCUGAGCAAAAAGAAGAAGUUGAAAAGUUCGGCCUGGCAAUAUACUCUUGGGAAGAGUUUUUGUUUUUGGGAGAUGGUCAGCAAUAUGAUCUUCCAACAAACAAGAAAACAGAUAUUUGUACUAUAAUGUACACCAGUGGAACAACCGGUGAUCCUAAGGGUGUGCUGAUUUCUAAUGAUAGUAUCAUCACUCUCAUUGCUGGUGUGAACCGGGUUCUUGGCUGCGUAAAUGAACAGUUGAAUGCCAAGGAUGUUUAUAUAUCGUAUCUCCCGUUGGCACAUAUAUUUGAUCGUGUGAUUGAGGAAUGUUUUAUUUUCCAUGGUGCUUCUAUUGGAUUUUGGCGUGGGGAUGUCAAAUUACUAACUGAAGACAUGGCGGAGCUAAAACCAACUAUCUUUUGUGCUGUUCCACGUGUACUUGAUCGUGUGUAUACAGGUCUGCAGAACAAGAUAUCAUCUGGUGGUUUUCUAAAACAAACUUUGUUUAAGCUCGCCUUUAAUUUCAAGCAAUAUUUCAUGAAGAAGGGAUUCAAGCAUGAUGAAGCAGCAAAAUGUUUUGAUAAACUAGUUUUUAACAAGGUAAAGCAAGGUUUAGGUGGAUGUGUAAGAAUUAUCUUAUGUGGAGCAGCGCCUCUUGCUUCCCAUGUGCAAGCAUUUCUACGUGUAGUCUCAUGCGCUCAUGUUCUUCAAGGCUAUGGUUUAACUGAAACUUGUGCCGGAACAUUUGUAUCUCUACCAAAUAACAUGGCAAUGCUCGGAACUGUGGGCCCUCCGGUGCCAAAUGUGGAAGUGCGCCUUGAGUCAGUUCCUGAUAUGGGGUAUGAUGCUCUCUCAAGUACUCCUCGUGGAGAAGUAUGCGUCAGAGGAAACACACUCUUCUCUGGCUACUACAAGCGAGAAGACUUGACAAAUGAAGUUAUGAUUGAUGGCUGGUUCCACACAGGUGAUAUUGGUGAAUGGCAACCACAAGGAAGCUUGAAAAUUAUUGACAGGAAGAAGAAUAUCUUUAAGCUUUCACAAGGAGAGUAUGUAGCAGUUGAAAGUCUGGAGAACAUAUAUGGCCAGGUUCCUGAUAUAGACUCGAUAUGGGUGUAUGGAAAUAGCUUUGAGUCUUUCCUUAUUGCCGUCAUAAAUCCCAAUCAACAAGCUCUCGAACGGUGGGCUGCAGAGAAUGGAGUCAUUGGGGACUUUGCUUCGCUUUGUGAGAACAAAAGAGCAAAAGAAUACAUUCUCGGAGAACUUUCUAAGACUGCAAAAGCACAAAAGUUGAAAGGUUUCGAGUUCAUUAAAGCCGUUCAUCUAGACCCAGUACCUUUUGACAUGGAGCGCGAUCUACUAACUCCUACUUACAAGAAGAAGAGGCCACAGUUGUUCAAAUAUUACCAGAAAAUUAUUGAAGAAAUGUACACAGGCACGAAGUGAGCUGCUAUGCUGAAAGACACUACUCUCUUCUAUUUUUUUUAUUUUUUAUCUUCAUGGAAUGUAUAAACGAGGAAGUUUUUUUUUCUUCCAUUUUUCUAAUAUGUGAUAUGGAUUUCUAAGAUAUAGACAUUUGUUUGUGUAGAUUGAAUUACUUCAGUUAUACAGAAUUGUGAUUGGUCAAUUAUCAGAACUUAAGAUUUUGUGCA